UUGAGGGGUUGUCUGAGGAUGAGGCUUUUGUUGCCCACCAUUCAAACAAGAUAAAACCAGAAAUCUUGAAAUAUAUCAACUUCCUUAUUGUCUUCUGAAUAUUAGCGUUUGGAGAUUGGAGAUAAACCAAGCAAGAGGGAUAGUAUGGCACUCAGAAUGUGGGCUUCUUCUACAGCCAAUGCACUCAAAAUCUCUUGUGCCUCCAAAGCUAAUCUCUCCCCUACAUUUGCUCUAUCUAAAUGCUUCUCAACUGUUUUGGAUGGGUUGAAGUAUGCAAAUUCACAUGAAUGGGUCAAACAUGAAGGGCCAGUGGCUACAGUUGGCAUCACUGAUCAUGCCCAGGAUCAUCUUGGAGAGGUAGUGUUUGUGGAGCUGCCGGAAUCUGGUGUUUCAGUCUCCCAAGGUGCAAGCUUUGGAGCCGUGGAAAGUGUUAAAGCAACCAGUGAUGUCAAUUCUCCAAUCUCUGGUGAGGUUGUUGAGGUUAACACCAAACUUUCUGAAUCACCUGGCUUGAUCAAUUCAAGCCCAUUUGAAGAUGGAUGGAUGAUCAAAGUGAAACCAAGCAAUCCCUCAGAAUUAGAAUCCUUGUUGGGUCCUAAAGAGUACACGAAAUUCUGCGAGGAAGAAGACGCUGCACAUUAAGAAUUUCGAAAACAAAAAAAGAACGUGCAGAGGGUCAAAUCAUGCAAUACAUCUUGGACUAACUGAUUUUGGUCAUCUGUUUUUAAGGUUAUUGUAAUGUGACAAGUUCUUGUCAAUUAUUACAAUAAAAACUGCUAGCUCUAAGUCAUAAAUUUGCCUACUUAUUUCUCUUUUUCCUUUCUAUUAUUCUCCUACUCUUCUGUCUGCAUCUUAAUCUUAAUGCAAUUAAUAUUCAUUCCUCCA